CAUCACAUGACGAUCUCACACUGCAGAUUUCUUUAUACUAGACUGCCCGCACAGUUACUUAACAUUGUUCACAUUAUCGACUAACGGUUAGUGAGACAUAAAACUACCUGUGAGAGACCUUGACUCUACAUCAGACAUCUACAGACUUCAAAAAAAGCGUACGGCUAAUUCUACGUUGUAUUUGUUACCCGCAUCAAUGGCCCAAAGAUACAACCCAAUCAACAGACAGGAGUCUUCAAUGACUCCUGAAAAUAACACCCCCCCCAGAUUCUUUGCCUUCACUGGGGACGAAACUGACCUGGACUUGUGCAUUCAAGUGCGCGAUCUGCUGCACCACGUAAAUUCAUUGCGCAAGCAGAACGGCCGGCUUGUCAGCGAAAAGUACAAGCUCCAAAACAACUACAGCUUCAUCAAGCAUGAGAAUGAAAGACUGAAGGAGCUGCUGGAGAAGCAGACAAACACCACAGCACACGAGCCGAUGGUCAAGACACCUCCACGGAGUCACAACACCAUGCUGGACAAGCUCCAGAUGGAGGUUACUGAGCUGAAGAAGGAGCUCAGCCAGAGAGACUCACAAAUCCUUCAGCUCCAGAAGGAGAAGGAGAGUUUGUCUCAGAGGACAGAGCUGCUGGCUGAGAAAGAAAAGUUAGAGGAAGAGAAGAAGUCUCUGGAGGAGGAGAAGGAAAAAGUGAGGAAGGAAAAGAGAGACCUCUCUAACGAGGAAGCAGACAGGCGUGCCCUAGAACUUGAAGAAAAGAAUAAAGAAAUAGAGGAGAAAAAUAAAGAGCUGGACGAGACUAAGAAAGAAAUGUUCAAAAAUAGACGUGAGAUGUGGGAGAAGACCGGUGAGAUGGAGCAAAGAAUGAAAGAACUGGAGAACAAGAACAAACAUCUGGACGAGGCUAAGAAAGAAAUGGGGAGGAAAAUGAAAGAUCUGAAAAACCAGAGUGAAGACGUUGAGCGAGAAAACUUACAACUGAAGGAAAACGUUAAACAUCUGGAAGAGACCGUGAAACAAAUGGAAAACAGAAGCGAAAAACUGACAGAGAAGAAUGAGGAGUUGGAGCGGGAGAAGAAUGACCUGGAGACCAACAAUAAAGCAAUGGCUGAGAGAAGUGAAGAACUAAACGGCAAGCUGAAAGAGCUGGAGGAGAAAAAUAGAGAACUGGAAGAGAAAAUACGUUCCUCCAGGAACAACGUGCAGGAGACAGGUGAGACACUGGGAGAGAGAAACAGUGAUUUGGAAGAGAAGAAAAAAGACCUGGUGGAGAAAGAUCUUGAAGUAAAGGAAGACACUGAGCCCCCAAAGUCAAAAAAGAAAGAAAAGAAGGGUUUCUGGAGCUGGCUGCGAAGAAAGUGCAGAUCCAGCAACACGAGAGUGGACGAGGAGGCUCCUAGUUGUUCAGCUGCUCCCUCCACCUCCGCCCUCCCUCCACCCUCCAUGUAACCUCCUCCUUUCAUCCUUCCUCCAUCUCAACCAUCCUCACUUCUCUAUCCUCUCCACAGUAGAUCUCCAUUGCCCUCCCUGCCCCACCAUGACUGUCUCCCCUCCCUCUAACACACCCUCACUCCUCUUCUCUUCACCCUCCUUCCAUUACUCUACUCC